AUGCAGACUUCAGACCACGAGCACAGUCUCUCUUCUGCCAGCCCUUACGGGCCUGGAGGUACAGAAGCACCACUCAGCCCUGUGUCUCAGUUGUCCCAUAUAGAUAUCCUACAGCUACUAUCGAUUGAAACAGCAUCACCUGAUUCUGACAUCUUUGCACAAUCCACCGGGCUGGAGCUUUCAAGUAGCGCAUCCCAGCAUUCUGCUUCAGAGAUAGUACAAGAGCCAGCACAAGAAACACCAGAAGAGCCAGCACAAGAGCAAGUGACACCGUCAGCACCAACGACACCCGCACCACCUCAAUCUCCACAAAACCCACCCCCAGACACAACCUACGACCUAGACAGCUGGAGCAGCCCCAUAGACUUCACCUACUACGGCAGCACAGUCGCAAAUGCCCCAGACAAGCACCACUGGCACGUGACGCGCACCGCCACCAUCCUCACACACACCUACACCUGCCCCGUCCAAGCCCUAGACUGGGACAAAGUCAUCGCCAACCUCCUCCAAUGGUGCAGCCUCGGGCAACAGCAGCAGCAGCAGCAGCAAAACGAGGACACACGCCUCUCGCCCUCCUCCUCUACCACAGACUACACCCGUCACUACCGUGAACCCCGCCACCCACCACGCCCAGCAUCCCCCGUCCCCAUCCACGGAAUAAUCAAAUGCGCUCCCUUCGUCCAGAUCUUCACCGAGCUCUCCCCGACGCGUUUCCCAACCCUCGCCCCCCGCCACGCGGGCCGGUUCGCCCGCUUCCAGCACAAAGGCCAGUACAUGUUCCGUCUCACCGACGAUAUCGACGCGAUACCGUCGCUUUAUCACGAGGUGAUCAUGUCCAAGGAACCUGAGUAUGAACCCCAAAGCCCCGAAGCAGUGUUCGAUCCACAGUAG